AUGGCUCACCACAUAACCUCACUUGUCGAUCGCGUCAACGCCAUUCUUGCUACACAUGGCUUCCUGUCUAAAUGGCCUUCCAACCGGGUUGCCCUUACCACCUUCGCAGCAGCCGUCCUUGGCUUAGCAGCGCCCGUGGCAUAUCGUGAUUAUCGGUCGUAUCUAGCUCUUGGGCCGGGGGGGCCCCCAUAUAAUGUGAUUGGCUGGUUAUUCGUCAAGCUGUUUGUGAAUCCCUUCCGACGGGAAGUGUUCAGUACAGAUAUCUAUGACCGCAAAGUCCUACAGGGCGAGACAGUCGAGUUUCUAAAGGAUUUGCCCAAAAGGAACGGCGAGCGACCAACGAUGGGCUCGUUUGCCGUGCCGCAUCGACAAGUGAAUCAAAUCCCUAGCCAGGAAGUGAAGAAUAAACUGGAAGAAAAAUAUCAAGCUUUCCUAGUACGAAACUCGCAUCUGGUUGACCGCGUGCCUUCAAUUCUCGAAAGACACACCGAUGCUGCUCACGUAUCGAAAAACAUUCCCCUGACAUCUGCUGCGGAGGACAUGCAUAGGGAAAUCUGCCAUCUCCAUGGAACCAGCGAUUAUUCAGUUCAUGUGACACUCGCGCCCGCAGAUUGUAAGGACCCCCCCAGUAAACGAGUGAUUGAAUCUGGCUGGGGCCAACGCUUUACUCUUGCUGGUUCGAGUCUGUUCAAGUAUCUUGGGCUUGCAUCAGGCCCCAAAAUACCGUUUGAGUACAUGCUGAUUUAUGCACCUCGAAGUGAUGAGGAGAUCGAGGUUGUCAUGCAAAUUAUCAAAGCUAGUGUGGGAUAUAUGACAGACUCAACAGAUCUGAAAUAA